CCAGUUUUCCUUUUCAGGGAUGAGCGCACAUUUGCUAAAGCCGAACGCGACCUUCACUGCAGCGCAGCACGAUGAGAUUCGCGAGGAUUUCGAGCGGAAGAUUCGUGCCAAGCAGAUUGUCGUGCCGACGAACGACGAGCAUGUGCGCAAGCGGCUGAGGCAGCUGGGCGAGCCCAUCACGCUGUUUGGCGAGGGCAAAGCAGAACGCAGAGAUCGCUUGCGGGAGCUCCUCUCGCGCCAGGCAUCGUCAGCCGCGGCCACCGGCGCAGGGGCAGCUGGCGAGGACCAAGGCGAGGAAGCCGAGGACGGAUCCGAGAGCGACGAGGACGAGGACGAGGGUGAGGACGACGAGGGCGAGGACAAGGCGGCCAAUGCGGAUGCUGCGGCGGCAACAACAGCGCCAUCCGGGUACAAUCAGAAGGAGGUCUGGUACCACGAAGGGCCCGAAGAGCUCGAGGCUGCACGGAGGUUUAUUGCGGCGUAUUCGCUGGUCGCGGCACGCGAGCGACUGAAGCGACAGCGCAUCCAGGUUGCCCGGCCAGAGCCCGUCAAGGCCGCAGCCAUGAACGAGUCGCUCAAGUUUGCUCGUGAACUCACAAACUAUGGCUCGCAAAUCGGCGAUGACCGACCAUUGUCGUCCUGCACGUUCUCGCCCGAUGGCAAGACUCUUGUCACUGGCGCAUUUACGGGUCUGCUCAAGUUGUGGUCGAGUCCAGAGUGCAAGUUGAUUCGUACUCUAAGAGCACACGCGGAGCGAGUCAGUUCCAUCGCCUUCCACCCACAAUCAGGCAAAUCUCUGGACGCAUCCGCGGCCAACUUUGCUUCUUGUGGAGUCGAUGGCACCGUAAAACUGUGGUCAAUGACCAGCGAGACGUCUGUCGCAGCAAUCGAUGGCCACGAAGCUCGCGUUUCUCGCUUGGCCUACCAUCCUAGUGGCCGAUUUCUUGCGUCAACAUGUUUCGAUCACUCUUGGCGGUUGUACGACUUUGCCGCCCAAAAAGAAAUCUUAUUCCAAGAAGGGCAUUCCAAGCCCGUGUAUGGCAUUGCCUUCCAUCCUGAUGGCUCGCUUGCUGGCACUAGCGGCAUGGAUGCAUUUGGCCGCAUCUGGGAUCUUCGCACUGGUCGCAAUGUCAUGCUGCUCAACGGCCAUGUUAACGCACUGCUCGGAAUUGACUUUUCGCUGGACGGCUACACUGUCGCAACGUCGAGCGAAGACCACACGAUCAAAAUCUGGGACUUGCGCAAGCAGGCAUGCGCAUACACCAUUCCUGCACACAACAAUCUAGUUUCCUUGGUCAAGUUUGAUCCCGUCAACGGCCACUAUCUCGUCAGCGCCGGCUACGAUAAUCUGAUCAAGGUUUGGGCCGCCGGCACGUGGGCCAACAUUAAGACGCUUUCUGGUCAUGAAAAUAAGAUCAUGUCCUUGGACAUUAGCAGCGAUGGUACAUUCUUUGCCUCUGCCUCGUACGACCGGACGUUCAAAUUGUGGUCCAACGAUGUCUACUGAUCCGCCUGGUCAUUCCAAUUGCUUAAUACACUUCGUUCAUGCUCU